AUGCCUCAAAUCAAGUGCCUUCUCUUCGACUGCGAUAACACGCUCGUUCUCUCUGAGAACGCCGCUUUCGAGGCCUGCGCUCAGCUUGCCAACCAGAUCCUCGAGAAGUUCGGCUUCGAGAAGCGCUAUGGCGGCACCGAGCUCAUGCACCAGUUUGUCGGUCAAAACUUCCGCAGCAUGAUGACCGGCCUCUGCGCCCGUCAUGGCUUCACCAUCCCCGCCGACGAGUUCGACCAAUGGGUCGCCAAGGAGCUCGACACCACCAUUGCGAACCUUCGUGCAAAGGCCGAGCCCUGCGAGAACGUUAUCGAGGUCCUCGAGAAGCUCCAGAAGGACAAGAAGUACCACAUGGCCAUCGUCUCCUCUUCCGCCAUGCCCCGCGUCGUCGCCUCCAUUGAGAAGACCAAGAUGGACCAGUUCUUCGACAAGCCCGACGUCGGCAUCUUCUCCGCUGCCAGCAGCAUCGACCCCCCCGUCUCCAAGCCCAACCCGGCCAUCUACCUCCACGCCUGCGAGAAGCUCGGCUACAAGCCUAGCGAGUGCAUCGCCAUUGAGGACAGCAGAAGCGGUGCUACUGCUGCCAAGAACGCCGGCAUUCCACUUUUGGGAUACGUCGGACCCUACUACGAGGAGGGCCAGGAGAAGCUGGACUCCAUGAUCAAGCUCUUCAGCGAGGAGCUUGGCGCUUUUGAUGUUAUGCACAACUGGAAGGACUUUGAGAGCAUCUUGGCCAAGUACGAGAGCUCAUAG